UACGGUUCAGUAUCUAAGAGGUACUCUCGCUGUUGACUUCCUCCAUCGCUGUUUGGAUAUCACCCGUUCAGAUGUCGCAAGCUGCGUAUAUACGAGACAUGAUGUCAGAUUCUGAACUCGAUCUCGCCACCGGUCCCGGUGAAGUGUCGAGUUUUUACACAAAUCUCAACGUUUUUCUUACUGGUGGUGCCGGGUUUUUAGGAAAGCUUUUGAUAGAGAGGAUACUGCGGUCAUGCUCAGGCGUAAACAUGUUGUUUGUGCUCCUGCGAGCAAAGAAAGGAAAAAGCUCCGAAGACAGAUUUAAGGAACUUUUCGAGGACGUGGUUUUCGACCGACUAAAGAGAGAGAAGCCUGGAUUUGCUCAAAAAGUUAGAUUGAUCGAGGGAGACGUGGGGGAGAUCGGUUUGGGUUUGGCGCCGAAGCAAAGGGAACUGCUCCGAACCACGAACAUCGUGAUACACGGUGCAGCCACCGUACGAUUUGACGAAUCUGUGCGAAUUGCUACCAAGAUCAACGUCAGAGGCACCAAGGAGAUGCUGAUACUCGCCAAGGAAAUGCCAAAUCUUAGAGCAUUCGUGCACAUCUCAACAGCCUACUCGAACUGCGUUCGAGAGUCCAUCGAUGAAAAAUUCUACCCACCGCCAAUCGACUCGGACAAGUUACUCGAUCUCGUGGAGAUAUUGGAUGACGCCUCCCUCGAACACCUCACGCCGGUACUCUUGGGUAAAUAUCCGAAUACGUACGUCUUCACCAAAGCGGUCGCCGAGGACGUUAUUCGCCGCAACAGUCAUAGUCUGCCAGUCUGCAUUGUCAGGCCUUCCAUAGUAAUCUCAACUUAUAAGGAACCCGUCACUGGUUGGAUCGACAACGUCUACGGUACCACCGGAGUAGUGCUCGGGGCUGCGAUUGGAUUAUUACGGACUCUUCACUGUGACCCGGAAGGCAUCGCCGACAUGAUUCCCGCAGACUUCGUAGUCAACAACAUCAUUGUCGCCGCAUGGGACAUCGCCGAAGCUCGAACCACGAAUGUCGAUAACGCGGAUAGUUCGAAGAUUCCGGAGACCGAUGAGCCUCCGAUCUACAACGUCGUAUCAUCGUGCCAGAAACCCUACACGUGGGGUGAACUCAUGCGUCAUACAGAAGAAUAUGGAUUAAAUGUUCCAACCAUGAUGUGUAUAUGGUACUACUGCUUCAAACUCAACAAGUAUGAAUCGGUUCACAAGAUAUACGUGAUCUUCCUCCACCUUCUUCCCGCUCUCAUUGUAGACAGUGUGGCCCGCAUUAUAGGACGCGAGCCCAUGUUAUGGAAAGCUUACAAGAAGAUUCACAAAUUCAGCACCGUGAUUUCGUACUUCGCGACGCAACAAUGGCGCUUCAGUAACAACGGUGUUUUGAGACUGUCGGCGAAAUUGAGCCCCGCCGAUCAGAACCAGUUUGAGGUGAACAUGGAAAAGUUCAGCUGGGAGGAAUUCAAUUAUCAUUACGCUCGUGGUUUACGGCUUUACAUUCUGAAAGACCCAUUCGACAGUCUACCUCAAGCAUCUGCUAGAUACGCAAGAUUACGAAUAGCUCACUACACUUUAAUAUCGGUGGUAUGUGGUUUUAUUUUCUGGCUUCUGUGGACUCUUGUUAAAUUUAUGGGCAUGUAGCAACUCCCAUGAUGUACAUUAUAACUCAACAAUUGCUCAAUCAGAGCAUCUAAGAAUGUCAUAUUCAACACGAAAGAAGCAAACGAAACUUGAGUACUAGGUUAGUUUUCUUCGAUGCCAGAAAAAUUAACUUUGAAUACAUUUUAUAUACUGCAAUGAGGAUUUAUUCGGAGCACAAAAUAAAACCGAGUCCAGAGAUGAA